AUGCAGGUCCCCAGCGAAGUUCAAGGAGUGGUCGCUGCUGCAGCGUGUGCCAUUUUUACCAACAUCAACCUGGUGCUCAGUAAGUUCAUGAAUGGGUGGGACUUCCCCUACCUUUUCUUAGCCGGGCUGGCCGCUCUUUGCAUUGCCUUUGCUUUGGCCAUGACCAUGUUGUGGCAAGGAUCCUGGCAUUUGGAGCGGCGAGAAGUGAAGUGGGUCCUUCUUGUUGGUCUUUUCAGCAGCUCCGCCAACGCGCUGCACUUUUUGGCCGUGCUCGCCGGCGCAAAUGUGGGCACCGUCGGCGCCUUGGCAAGCUUGAACACCGUGAUAGCAGCACUUCUAGGGAGGCUCGUGCUACAAGAGCCUUUGGGUAAGGUGCACCUUUUGGCAGUUCUCCUGAGCGUGGUGGGUGCUGUACUGAUCUCUGAUCCUGUGGAAGUCAUGUCCGGCAUGGGUUCCAACUUGUUGGGAAAUAUGCUGGCGCUUUCUGCUGGGAUUGCCCAGAGUGGUAUUUUAAUUUGCGCACGCAAGUCAGGCGGUGCAUCCUCAAUGAUGUUAAGCAAUUCUGCUAUGGCCCACCGUUGUGUGGUCUUUUGGCUUUUGGCGGCUUUGCCUGCUGUGCCUGACGGCCACUUGCAAAGCUUGGCGAUGUCACCUCCCACAAGUAUGUUGUUUUUCGUUGGCCUCACCUUACUUCUCCUCUCCGCAAAUCGCCUCAGCAUGCUUGCUUCCAAGAAAUGCCCUGCCGCUUUAACCUCUACAGUGCUCACUGGGGUCCAGAUGACCACGGGCUAUUUCUUGGACUUUGUCCUCUUCCACCAGGUGCCCAAAGCCUUGACCAUGAUGGGUGCAGUGCUCAUGUUCUUCUCGGUGGUGACCAUGGCCUUGACGCGUUUGCCGCACCGCACCGCGGCCGACCCGACGCCCGUCGGCCAGAGCCUGGCAUCCUUCGCGGCAGCGGAGUUCGCGGAGCGCGAAGAGGUCAACGAGCGCAUCGGGAGCACCGGCAUUGGGCCCAGGCAGCGCGCCUCGGCUCUGCCUGGAAUCUUGGGAAAACAAACCGCCAGUGCAUGA